AACCGAAAGUCACAGUAAAACGUACAACUCAAUCGAAAUGAAGAUCUUUCUUGCAUUCGCUGCCUUGGCCAUUGCGGGCGUUCAUGCGGCCAGCUUAGACUCCAUUGUCCAACCAGGAUUCCCUGAAGGACGCAUCAUCAACGGCCAACCUGCGGCCAAGGGCGAAGCACCUUACAUUGUGUCACUGAAGACCUCCUCGCACUUCUGUGCUGGCUCCAUAAUUGAUCCACACUGGGUUCUGACUGCAGCCCAUUGUUUGAUCUACAACGACUUCCAAGUGGUUGCUGGAUUGCAUUUGCGCAGCGAUGAGUCCGACGUCCAAGUUCGCCGCGUUAACGGAAAGCAAAACCUGUUCGCACAUGAGCUGUAUGGAGGCAAUGUGGGUCCCAAUGACAUUGGUCUCAUCUACAUCGCCGAGGCUUUUGAUUUGAAUGCUUUGUCCCGUGAUGGAUCUGCUGCUGUGGCCAAGAUUAGUUUGCCCUCAGGCAAAUACGAACAGACCGGCAAAGGUAAGCUCUUCGGUUGGGGACGUGACAAUUCCGGUGCCUUGCCCAACACCUUGCAGACUUUGGAUGUGAACAUCAUUGGCUAUUCCGAAUGCAAAGCUGCUUUGCCCAACUCUGCCCCCGUAGAUCCCGUCAAUGUUUGCACCUAUACUCAGGGCACCACCGAUGGCGCCUGCAAUGGCGACUCCGGCGGCCCCUUGAUUAUUAACACCGCCGAAGGCAGCGAAAUCGUUGGUAUCGUUUCAUGGGGAUACACUCCUUGUGCCACAACGAAAUACCCAUCGGUCUACACCCAAGUAUCUUCGUACCUAUCGUGGAUUGCAACAACAAUUCAAAACAAUUCCAAAUAAAUGAUUGUUCCCUGAUGCAAAAUAAUCAAAAUAAAGUUAACCAGCAUUCAAAAAUCUUUAUUGAAUUUUAA